GAUAAUGCUUUGCCCCCGGGCUGAACAGUAAUAGACUUUGUAUGGCAGGUGGAUUCAAACCCCAGAAGUGGAUUUGACAUUAAGGAGUUGGAUAAUUUUCUUCAAUUUGAGGAAUUCAUGCAAAUCCUGUGAGAGUUUUCGGUUGCUGAACAUUGUCAUGACAAGGGUAAUACUCUCAGGAUCAGGAGAGUGUGGCGCUGACGAGAGACCCUGAGCUGGAUUAUGAUGCUGUCACACCGUGUUGGACGAGUGUGUCAUGUGCUUGUGCUGGUGUUGUGUCUGUCUUCAGCUGAGGACUUCGACUGGACAACGAACAACCACGACUCCUUCUAUUAUGGCACUUUUCCAAAUGGAUUUUCGUGGGGUGCCGGCGGUUCAGCCUAUCAAACCGAAGGAGCCUGGGACAAAGAUGGGAAAGGACUGAGCAUCUGGGAUGUGUUCACUCAUAAGAGGGGCAAGAUAUUACUGAAUGACACUGGAGACUCUUCAUGUGAGGGAUACUACAAAAUCAAGGAUGAUAUCUCGCUGAUUAAAGAGCUGCAUCUGAAUCACUACCGGUUCUCCAUCUCCUGGCCCAGGAUCAUGCCCACUGGUAUUAGAUCUGACCAUGUGAAUGAGAAAGGAGUGAAGUACUAUGAUACUCUUAUCGAUGAGCUGCUUGAAAAUAAUAUUACUCCCAUAGUGACACUUUAUCAUUGGGACUUACCACAGGUUUUGCAGGACAAGUAUGGAGGUUGGCAGAACAUCAGCAUGAUUAAGUAUUUCAAUGAUUUUGCCAACCUUUGCUUUGAGCGAUUCGGGGGACGUGUGAAAUACUGGAUAACAUUUAAUAACCCAUGGUCAGUGGCAGUGGAAGGAUAUGAGACUGGAGAGCACGCUCCAGGACUGAAGCUCAGAGGCACUGGAGCCUACAGGGCAGCUCACCACAUCAUUAAGGCACAUGCUAAGGUGUGGCACACUUACGAUUCUCAGUGGCGAAGCCAACAAAGAGGUAUGGUAGGAAUUUCACUGUCUGGGGACUGGGGAGAGCCUGUGGACAUCACCAACCAGAAGGACAUUGAAGCUGCUGAGAGAUAUGUCCAAUUUUAUAUUGGCUGGUUUGCUACACCUAUCUUCCAUGGGGACUAUCCUCAAGUUAUGAAAGACUUUAUAGGGAGGAAAAGUGCACAGCAGGGCCUGGGAACAUCUCGCCUCCCCACCUUUUCUUCUCUGGAGAAGAGCUACAUAAAAGGCACCAGUGACUUCCUUGGAGUGGGGCACUUCACAACACGCUAUAUCACCCAAAAGAACUCCCCUUCCAACCGGGGCAGCACCUACUUCACAGACCGGGACAUAGCGGAGCUGGUCGACCCACGCUGGCCUGAUCCGGGUUCAGAGUGGCUCUAUUCUGUUCCUUGGGGCUUCCGCCGACUGCUCAACUUUAUAAAGACUCAAUAUGGGAACCCAAUGAUCUUUAUCACUGAGAAUGGGGUCUCAGAGAAGAUGACAUGCACAGAGCUGUGUGAUGACUGGAGGAUACAGUAUUUUAAGGAUUACAUCAAUGAGAUGCUAAAAGCUAUCAGGGAUGGAGUGAAUGUGAAGGGCUACACUGCCUGGUCCCUCCUGGACAAGUUUGAAUGGGAUGAGGGCUAUUCAGAGAGGUUCGGCUUGUACUAUGUGGACUUCAGGAACAAAAACAAGCCUCGCUACCCCAAGGCCUCAGUUCAGUUCUACAAGCGCAUCAUUAGGUCCAAUGGAUUUCCCAACCAGAGAGAGGUUGAGAACUGGAAAAGGACAUCUACAGAGACUUGCUCCUCCAGCAAUCAACUCCUGGCUGCAGAGGAACAGCGGAAUACAGCUGCCAAUAUUCUAAGACUUAUUCAUGAUCCUUUAACCAGCCACAUGGAGAUGGUGACUGAGAUUGUGGUUCCCACAGUGUGCACCCUCUGUAUUCUGAUCAGCGCUAUCAUUCUAAUGUUCCUGCUACGCAAACGCAACUAGCACACAAUGUUUUCAAACAUUUAAUGCUGUGUACAUCCAGGGAGAAUGAGGUUAAGGUCACUAUGCUGAAAUUUGAAAUAAAGAAUAGUCAUAAAAUUUGAGGGUUAACACAAUUUUUGACCAAAAAAUUUCCAUGACUUUUCCAUGCACUUUCUAUUCAUUUGUGGUUUCAUUCAGACGGAACAUACUGCAUUAAAAUACUCUCUAUAGACCUUUUCAUGAACAUUUUUACAUUCAUUGAUAUUUCCAGAUAUUCCAUGAUCUAUGAAAUUUUAGAAACGAUUCAUUUCUCAACUUUGGCAAUGUUAAUGUUUCCAAGAAAUAAGCUGUAGCUGUUUUAAACCCUGUUGAGACCCUAAUCGCAAUCUGCAAUUACUUCACAUAUUAAAACCUAUUCCUCCAAUGCAUUAACAAAGUGUUUCAUUAAUAAAACUGUAUGAAU